CCUCCAAUCCCUUCAUUCGAAGCUCGCUUCCUCUUUCUAACUUGCCAUACCAUCUUACUUUUACUUUGUUUUCACAACAUAGCCAUGGCCAUCUCCAGCAACGCUUCUCCUUUUGAUUCCAUCAUCUUCGAUUUGGACGACACCUUGUACCCGUCAAGCACCGGUAUUGACAAGUGCGUCAAGAAAAACAUCCAACUCUUUCUCAUCCAGAAAUGCGGAUUCUCAGAAUCCGAAGCCUUCACCCUCCGAGUUGAUCUCUUCAAAACCUACGGAAGCACCCUUGCCGGUUUAAGAGCACUAGGCCAUGAUAUCACCGCAGAGGAGUACCAUGGUUUCGUGCACGGAAGGCUACCUUACGACUCCAUCAACCCUGAUCAUCACUUACGGAACCUUCUCUGCACCAUCAAACAGAGAAAAAUUGUUUUUACUAAUUCGGACAGGAUUCACGCGAUGAGGUCGUUGGAUAGACUUGGGAUCAAGGACUGUUUCGAGCAAAUCAUAUGUUUCGAGACUAUAAACCCGAACCUUCCAUAUUCCACCCGACCCGAUGAAUUCCCCAUCCUCCUUAAACCGUCUCUCGACGCCUUCAAGAUCGCCCUUGACGCUGCCAACGUGGAUCCUCGUCGUACGUUAUUUCUGGAUGACAGCGUUCGCAAUAUUGCCGCGGGAAAAGAAAUGGGUCUCCACACUGUUCUGGUUGGGAAGACAGAGAAAAGCAAAGGAGCAGACUAUGCAGUGGAGUGUGUGAAUGACUUGGCACAAGUGAUCCCAGAGAUAUGGGCAAACGAAAUGGACGGUGAGGAUCAAACGAUGACACGUACCAAGAGUGAAUUGGAGGCCGUACUCGCGUGUGCUGUGGUUGGAGCUUGAAAAGUGUUUGGAUGUGGAGGAGGAUAAGGCCUGACGUUGUACAAUGUACAUUCCCAAACCAACCCAACUAUCUAAGCAAUUAAAAUAAUAGCAGCAAGUACUAUCAGAACACCAACAACCAAGACAAUAACAAUAAGUAACAUGGGCCCCUAAGCAAUUAUUUGCGACAUCAUGUUAAUCAUGUCAAUAUUGUAAGAUAUUUAGUAGUAUUAUUUGUACGUAUUAUCAAUCGUCUUACAAAUAAAAUCAAAUUGUCUCUCAGAGAUAUCAAUUGCUUAACAAUUAAUAAAGUUGAGUUACUGUCAUUA